UCUGGCCAUCGAUCCGUCCUAAGUUCAUAACGCCAGUACAACGUGAUGGUGUGGAUUGCAAAGUUUUAGAACCCAAUCUUCCUGCAUCAAUAGUCUCCGAGUUGUACUUAGGAAAAGAUAAGGUUUGGAAAUAUCUUAAGGCAGCUACAUGUUGCAAGUCUCUGGUUAUUGUCUACAACGGUAUGGUUGCUAGAUCUCGAGAAGAUAACAAUGCCGUCGUAGUAAAAACUGAUAAGCUGGUCAAAGGAUCGGGUUACCAAGGCUUAAUGAAAUCUAAAGCAGUUACCUAA